AGUGCACCAGGUUCACACAUGGUCAAAUUUUUCACACAGCAAACUCUGCGAAGCUGCUAUUAGCGAGUUAAGUAAACUGCAGAUGUGUCAUGGCCAACGAUCUCCAAGAUAAUGAGUCAGAUGUACAUUACAAGCUUGGUCUUCAGCAGUCCCCCAGGAGGAGUGAAGAUGAAGACUUGGACAGUGAUUUGGAUGUUUGUCUACUUGAUGAUGCCUCCUCUGACAUCAGAAAGAACAUGUCUGACGUGCCGGAUGAAGACCUGAGCGAUGACCUUUUGCACAGCGAUGAGGAGGAGCUAACGAUCUGCUACAGUGAUACAGUAGACAGCAGCCAAGUCACAACUCCUCUGAAGCCACCUCUGGAAACCCACAGAGAAAUCACAGCUGAAAUUGGAGCAUCUCCUCUCUCUCCGGGGGAAGGGCCAGCGGAAGACCCCAGGGGAAGUGAAGAGCCACAAGGUAAGGUCAUCUCUGGUCAAGCUGAGGAGAGUGGCCACAGCAGCGCUGCUGAUGCCACAGCGGCCGAAGACUCAUGCGCAUGUGCCAGAGACCAGGAGAGCGAGGAUGAGGCUGUGGACGUGGAAAUCAAUGAACCGUUCGAUGAUGAAUUUCAAGUCAUCGAGAUCAAAGAGCAGUCUGACCUAGAAGCAUCCAUCAAAGCUGAAAUCACUAAGGAGAGCUGUGAUGAUGAUGAGGAUGAUGAGGAGUCCAACGAGGAGGAGGAGGAGGACGAGCAGCCCUGUCAUUCCCGCUUUAAGAGUGAGAGGAAGGAGGGCAUGGUGGUGGUGCGCUUGUCAGAAGGAGCUAGUCGCAGGAGAAACAUUCCCGAUACAUUAGAGCUUUCAGGUUAUUGCAAAACUGGAGCCAGGGACCCUGCACGCCGACACAGCACUUUUGGAGGGGCUGGGGGCCACCGAGCACCCUCCAGCUAUCUGAUGCUUAGCAGGACGGAAGUGAGAGUCUUCGACCCAAGGCCGCAACCCCAGGCUCAGCGGUCAAGUGUGCAGCCGCUGCCGCCGAGCUAUCCACGUCCCCGGUUCCCUCAACCGCGCUACUUCAGCCCGCCGCAGGGCUACCGCCAGCCAGGCCACCAGGGUAGGGCUGCACCCCGGGGCCCCGCACCCUCAGCAGCCGUCCUCACUGGGCACUCCUCUCCUUGGGUCCGAUCAGUGCCCUUGAUGUCUGCACAAAGCCAGGCCAAGCCUGCUGUGGCUCCCCAGUGCCUCUCUGGGGUGUCUGCGGCGGGCCCGUCUCACUUCCCCCGGCCCCCGCGGUCCCAGCAUGCAGAGCCCUGGAGGGGACAGGCGCCCCCAAAGGAGAGGAGCAGCAGCGAGCCCCAGGUCCCCGGACAGCAUAUGCUUGAUCAGUGGCGCUGCCCUCGUCCGCUGGACUGCAGUCCCAGGGUCCCCGGCCCCCGGUCCCUCAGGAGGCCGCCACCUCUGCCGAGGCCGCGGUUGGAGCAGAGGCCGUGGCUGGGCCCGGCGCUGGAGCCUGGGCCUGGGCCGGGGAGGGAGAUGGGGAGGCAGGCCGGGCUGGGGCAGCCUCUAGCGGGGCACAGGGAGCCCCUGAGGCCUCCCCUUCCUCCACCGCCCCCCUAUGAGAUGCUGGUGGCUCUGAACUCAGGGCAGCACCACUCCAGACUCUUCCUGCCCCGGGGUCAGGUGUCGCCCCGGUCCUGCCCCCCCACCUCAGAAAAGCCUACAGCCACUCCCUGUGUGACUGUUCAUCCUGCCAGGUCUAAGGUCACACCUUGCUUUACCAAGCCGAGUACCUUUGCUGGUGCGGCGCCGAGGGUCCAGUUCACCCAGAGUCCAGUGCAGACCCAGGCCCAGGUCCAGCCUCGUCCACGGGGUCCAGCCUGCGGCACGGACGCCUUCUCGCGUCCGACUCUGGCGCCGGCGGCGCAGGUGAGGCCCAUCGCGAGGGCCGAGCCCAGUGCCAAGCCCGCGGCGGUUGCCAGGGGAGCGAGCGCCACGGCCGUGCCCGUGCCAGCGCGGCGUGCCAAGGCGGAGGCGGCUGCCAGCGCAGCUCCGGAGCCCCGGACCCCCGUGAGGAAUGCGGGUCAGAAGGUCAAGGAGGAGCCCCCGUCUCCAGUCCGAUGGGCCCGGAGCCGCCCGGCUGAGGCCAGUGUGAAGGCAGAGGAGAAGGAGGAUGAGGAGACACGGGCCUACAGGGAGAAGAUCGAGGACCAGAGGAGGCGGAGGGCGGAGGUCCUCCGUCAGAAGGAGCUGCGCAGGCAGCUGCAGGCUGAGGAGAAGCGCAGGGCCCUGCAGGAGUCCACCAGAGUGCAGCGGGAGGGCCAGGGCCAGGGCCCGGUGGAGCAGCAGAGGUGGCCCAGGGAACACUGCCAGCCGUGGGAAGAGCCGUGGGAAGAGCCGUGGGAAGAGCCGUGGGGCCAGGCGUGGGCAGCGCAGCCCUACCAGCACGCUCAGCAGGAGUUUCCUCCUCCACCACCAUCUCCAUCUCCACCUCCAUGUCAGUUUGACUCUGAAGAUACAUUUUUCCAGGGGCCAGACAACAUGGGACCUGUUGACUUUAGAGAGGUACCACAAGAUGGACCAUUCCUAGAAGGACCAGUCCCUUUCCAGCAGAGCGGGCCAGCACAGAGCUGGACUGACCGUCUCCAGUCCAGAGUCCGGCCUCCAAGUCCACAGAGGCAGUCAUGGGGGAUUCAGCGACACAUAGUGCAGGAAGACCGACCCAACGCAGAGCUCCGACUCGGGCCACCCUCCCCAGACGCGACUCCUCGGAGCCUCCAGGGUCCUAUCUCCUGCCAGCCCCGGCCCCAGCUUCAGGCGAUGCCCGCGCCCCCGGAGCUCCUGGAGCAGCCGAGCGACUCCGUGGAGCUCCUGUCGGACGGGUUAGAGUCUGGCCGGUGGCCGCCGUUGGAUCCGGACGAGCAGUGCUGGUUCCGGCCGCCGAAGAUCUCCGCUCCCCCGUGGAGGCCCCGGAUGCGGAUGCAGCCGUGGGUGAGGGCGGUGGAGCAGGAGCCCGUGCUGCCCGUCAGGCCCUUGCUCAAGAGGACCGUGGCUCAGAGAGAGGACCACGGUGAGGACGAAGGCCGGCCGCCGGUGAAGGUCAUUCGACACAUCACAACAGAGGAGGAGCACAGGGCACAGUGCUUCAGCACCAGGGAUAUUGCUAUGAAACAUCAACACCACCUGAAUGUGACCAGACUCAUUACUGUGGGAAGACCUCUGCAACAUCAGCCUGACCAACUGCAGAACAUGCAGGACAUGGAUGACGGAGGGGGCGUAGACUGUCACAUGCAUGAGCGCACUGGAUUUUGGAGACGGUGCACAAAUUCAUUGACAAACUCCAACUUGAUAGUGAAGAUCAAUUAUUGAAAUGACCCAAGAUUACGGCAUACUUCUGGAGAGCACAAAAGCACAAGUCAUGAGAGAAAUGUCCCAUUUAAGUGUCGUUUCUGCAAGGCCUCAGAGGCUUAUAUUAUGUUAAGAUUUUGUCACUUAUUUCUGGAAAUACCUUGCUGCAGUUUUAUGUUCAAGGAUGUCUAUUUAGUUGAAUAUGCUAAAAAAAACGGUCUUGUGUUUCGAGGGAAGAUGUUUGUUUUUGCAAAUACUGUUAAACUGGACACGCAUGUGUGUUGAGUCUUCUGUGUCCAUUUUAUUUGAUACUCUGCUUUUUAUUGGGUUUAUCUUUUAGUAUUAAUGGCUUUAUUGUGUUGCUGUUUUAGGAGGUAAAAAAAAAAGACAAAAUUGCAUGUAGUUCUAUGUGGAUGGCACUUUUAUAUGUUAAAUGUUUUUAUUUAUGUUGACAACUGUUUUUGUUUCCCUCAUGUUUGUAUUUGCAAUUCA